GGCACUGGACUGACGUCAGGGGGCGGGGGGUGUUACUAUUAUCAACCUGCGAUGAAACAAUGAAAGCGAAGCUUGGAGUUGCUGCAGCACGAAUUACAGCUUCGGUCCCGGUCACGAAUGCUGCGCCCAGGGACGAUGAGAAGCGGGGCUGCGGACGAGUGCGGGGAUUCGGGAGCUGAGACCGGAGGAUCCGAUUCCAGUAGGAUGUCUUCAACUAGUAGUGAGCUGGUGCAGGAAGAAGGGCAGGACCCUUUCCAGGUGUCUGUGCAUCUUCUUGCGAACCCUGGUGAAUCUCGAGGAUUGCAGCAAACUUUGGAUUGCCUGUUGCAUUGGAUUAGCCCAGACAUCCAGUUGUUUCAUGUUUCAGAACGGGCAAGCCCAAUAAUACAUUGCAAGUCACAGCACCGAAAAAGCUCUGUCUAUCCUUCUCUCUCUGUUAUUCUGUUUCUACACGAAGACUUUGGUGAAGAACGGAUUUUGCAAGUUCAUGACUUUUUCCAGGGUUUACCAUGGCAAUAUCAUCACAGCGAGAGUGUCGGUGGGAAAAUUCUUCCUUACAUGAUUUGCUGCCAGGACUUCUACUCUCUGGAUGCUAACAUGCCAAUCUGGGCCGUGAGGCAAGUACAUUAUGGCAACGAGAUCUUACGGAUUACAGUGAGCUGCAGCUAUGAGAAUUUUGAGGAUGCUGUCAAACUCUAUGAAUUAAUCUUGCACAAGAAAGCUGCCGUGCAAAAAGCGGAUUUCUGCUGUUUUACCAUAUACUCCAGCCACAAUUUCUGCAUCCAGCUCUCGUUAAAACAGUUGCCACUUGGAAUUACCGUUGAUCUUAAAGAAUCGGCCGUGCUACAGUUCAGAGUGCACGCGAUUGGAGAGUUGGUGCCACUUCUUCCAAACCCCUGCAUCCCCAUCAGCGACACCAGGUGGCAAACUGAAGACUAUGAUCGAAACAAGAUCCUUUUCCAAGUGAGAGGGAGCGUUCGAUAUGGGGACAGAAAUUGCUCUGCUGCUCCUGUGCACAGUAACAGUGGCUUUAGCAACCACUUGUGCAGUUCGGUGUCAUGCACUCAAAAUUCCCCUUCGGAAAAGUGGCCUUACAGUAGUCAAAUGCCUCACGACAGGAACAGAAUGUUCUCUGCUUUGGCAGCAGAUGUGGAAGAGAGGAAAGAUGUGAAAGGAAAGCAGAGGACCAAUUUGCAUGGGAUGCUGGACAGGAACGAAAGCAGCACACCGGAGAGUUUGUGCAGCACGCCCAAGAGCAGCUCCUGUUACUCGUCCCAACGCAGCAGUCCAGCGACCACAUCACGCAGCGAUUUGGCGUUCCACCACAACGCACCCGCAAAGAUCCGAAACCUUGAUCACGAAACCUCUGCUGCAAUACAAAUUGCAGAAACGGACGUUGACACCGGCUAUGUCGUUACAAAGUCAAAUCCAUUCACUGGUGCUAGUCCCUGCUCUUUAUCUGCGCUUUCCACGGGCAUAAAGAGUAGUUCUCCUAACUCAAGUACGAAAAGCCGUGUAUUAAAACCCACUCUAGUGUCUCCCGAGACGAACAGUAAUUUUAGCAAAAAGUGGCCGACCUCAAACAAUGAAGAGAAGUUGCCUCGUGUUGGUCACAAACCACCAGAAGCUCCACAGCAGUUUUGUCAAAGUCACACAGAGGAGGAAGAGUUUUUUAUUUAGACAAACAAAUGUCAUGUAUUACUUUAAUCCGUAAGGCGCAAUUAUAACGAAUAAAUACUUGCAAGGAAUAACAUUAUGGAACAAUAAAUUGCAAAUAUUUUGUCAUUUGUUUUCAAGCAAAUAUACAUCAGACUCGAAUGUUUUUUUUAAAAUUCUGUUAAUAUUUCACUUGCACUAUGUGGAUUUAUCCUGUAAAAAUAGAAACACAAAAUCCAGUAGUCGGAUGAUGAAAUUUUCUUCAAAUUAUUAAAUGAAUAAUUUAAUUCUAAUGUUGGCUUGGAGUUGCAGAAACUGCACAUAAUUAUAUCUGUGGCUCUAAUCUGCUAAGUAAGCACUUCAGCAAAAAAUAUUUUAGUUAAAUGGUCUCAUUUUGAUGUUUAACUAAACUCUGAUGUACAUAUUAAAGUCACUGUAAGACCGUGCAUAAGGACAUCUUUUUAAAAAUGUUAAACAGUUUUUGGUAACUUGUUGCCUGUUUGGAUUUUUUUCCUAUUAUUUGUCAACUCUGGAUACUAGUUUGGUAUUGGAAGAUAGGUUCUCCAGAGGAUUUAUCUUAAUGAACAUUACAUGAAUAUCAGUUUAUCCACCGCAGAGUUUAUGAUUUCAGUUGUGAUUGCUGUUAAUUUAGAUUACCUCUGCUCAGUACAAAAAGAGAAGAUGCAGAAAAUACUUAUUAGGUCCGGCUGUAUCUGUGGAAAAAGAAACGUUUCAGGUCAGAGUUACUUUAGUUUUAGGACACAGCGUGGAAACAAACUUGUUAGUCGACCAAUGAUCCCUGCACACUAACACUAUCACAAUUUCACCAAGCCAAUUAGCCGACAAUUAAUCUGUACAUCUUUGGCGUGUGGGAGGAAACCGGAGCAUCCGGAGAAAACCCACGCAGUCACGACGAGAACAAACAAACUCCGCACAGAUAGCACCCAUAGAGAGGAUUAAACCCAUGUCUCUGGCUGGUAAGGCAGCAACUCUACCACUGACACACCCUGAACCAUCCUGACAAAGAGUCUCCAACUUAAAAAAAAUAAUUCUGUUUCUCUACCUGUAGAUGUGGCCUGACCAGCUGAGCAUGUUCUGCAUUUUCUUUUUUUGUUUCAGAUCUGUCAUUUUUAUUAAAUUUUCAUCUCUGCUCGGUAAAUUGUUCAAGUUGUUAUCUUCUUUUACUUAGACACUCGUGUUUAAAUAAAGAGAAAAGACUUAACGUGAGACCUGAACAUUUACUAUGUUUCUAAUGGUUUCGUGAUUUUUAAGCAGGAUAUUUGAAAUUUAAAAAAAUAUAGCAUUUUCAUAAUAGGAGUAAAAGUUGUUCGAUUAAGAAAAUAUUUUCAUCGCCAUCUCAGGUGACAAAUUCUACACAAUUAAUUUUUAUAAAGUUAAACCACACUUUCCCCCCCUAAAUCUUCUAAAUCAGAUCCUUCUGCAGGGAAACAGAGGGUGCCUCAAGAUAGAAUAAUAACUAUCCAAUCAUACUUGGUUUCCAGCAUUCACCUAUAUACUAAUUCUAUGCCCUACACACUAGGGACAAUUUACAGAAGUCAAUGAACCCACAAACCUGCACAUCUUUGUAAUAUUGGAGGAGUGUGAAACACCUGGAGAAAACCCUCUUGAUUGCAGGGAGAAUAUGCAACAAUGCCCAUAGUCGGCAUCAAACCUGGGCCUCUGGCGCUGUAAGGCAGCAGCUCUAACACUGCGCCACCGUGCUGCUUUAUUUGCUAAUAUUCACCACUGGGAAAUGUUAGUUAUAAGAAAGAUGGCCCCUCUUACCAAACGCUUCUAAACAUUCAGAGAUACUGUGGUUAAACAGAUUUAUCGCAGUUGCAGGACCGAAAGUACACAAUAUUCAAAUUCCUGUCACUUUAUAGAACCUCUUCUUCCUAUAUCUACUCCCAAACCACCACCACCACCACCGCUGAGAAGAAUAAAGACAUGGACACUUUCAAAUCAAAGCAUCUCUCCAACCAUAUCCAUCCUCCUGAAUAAUACAAUAUCUAUCAGUAUUCAUUCUACACUGAUGGGAUAAUCUCACCCAUUUAUGAUCACAAUGAGAGCUGCAUUACUGCUGGAAUGUAGCAGUUCAAGGCGGCCUAUCACUGGCAUGCAGAAUAUGGCCAAUGUGUACACCCUUCCAAAUUGUCCACACCUCUGAACGAAUUUGAAAGAAAUCAUGGGUGGCACAUUGGAACAGCAAUAGAGUUGUUGCCUUACAGCACCAGGGACCCGGGUUUGAUCCUGACUACAGAUGCUGUCUGUACGGAGUUUGUACCUUCUCCCUGUGACCACAUGGGUUUUCUCCAGGUGCUCCGGUUUCCUCACACACUCCAAAGACAUACAGGUUAUGUUAAGGUUCAUUUCUUAAUGGCAGACAACUCACCAUGGGUUAGGUAAACCAACUCGAGCUUUACUGAUCAUCAGCCGGCGAGAGUGUGAGGGAGACAGAGUCAAAUAUGCAACAGACACUUAACUCUCCUGGGCUACCACUCUAGUGAAUGAAAACAUACAGCAUCUUUUGUAGUAUUUUGGAAACCUAGUCACAUGUUUAUACAGAGUUGCAGCAAUGAUGUUUAACACAAAUCAAUCACAGGCUGGCUGUACCCAUUCAAAGUAUGCUUGUCACUAAUACAAUACAUUUGUCAUACUAUGGUUAAGUCAAUCACAAACUUCAGUUACAAAACCCCCAAACACCAGGAACUUAGUCAAUAGCCCAACAUUUGCAAUUUUGUCUUAAACAAUGUAAGCGUCAAUAUCAGUAACACCACAGAAGAUUUCUGUUUGCAGAAAUGUCCAAGUCCCCAGGAAACACAUCCUCUCCCACUAUUGUUAAUGGUUUUUUGCUUGGGCAUAACAGGAAGCACUAUCAGAAAAGCUUGGUUAUGCAGGCUUCCUGAUCCCCAUAGUUCCCCUAAUAUGGUACAGAAUUAUAAAACUUCAGUUUAUUCCGAACCCAAAAAAGUCAAGCUAAUCCUUUACUUAAUGAAAUAUUUCACACUUCCAUUAUUUCAUAACCAGGAUAUUCUCAGUUAAUUGGCUUUGGUAAACAUGAUCAAUUAUCCCGAGUGUGUAACAGUGCUAGUGCACAGAGUGAUCACUGGUUGUCGUGGGCCGAAGGGCCUGUUUCCACGCUGUAUCUAUAAAGCCUGAAGUCUAAAGUUGCAAAGAGUUAGUGUGUAUGGACAAGGAGAAAAGUCUUGGGAUGAAUUUUGGAUAUUCUGAUAACAUCAUAUUCAAAAUAUUAACUGUUUUCAAAAGGUGCUGUGGGUAUACUUCAUUGUGGUUUUUUUUAAUCAAUAUCCUGGCAUUUAUAAUGAUCUAUAUUACAUUUAAUAAAUUGUAAUUGAUGUUUAAUAUUUAUAUCCAAGUGUUGGGCCAAUUAGUAAAUUAAUUAUAAUACAUUUAUUUUGUGACCAUGAUGGGAUCCCAUAAAUAAGUUCGCUAUUAUACUAUUCUUGAUUACUGCAGCUAAUCUAAAUCAUUUGUUUAAUUUAUUUUAAUUGUGUAAAUUAUCAUCAUCGUAACUUUAAAAGGCAUCAUGUCAUAUCUACAUUUCUACAAUAAUGGAAGGAACUAAACUGGUAUAAGUCAGAAGAGUGGGAUAACGCUUUUUUUUUCCAUUGUAGGUAUUCUUAAGUCAUUCAGAUCUGUAAAUGAGGUGCAUUUUGUGCUAUUUUCGCAUGCUGAGAUGCCCAUUAAUGUUAAAGAUGAGAAUGCAAAAUUGGUCAAAAAGUGUAAUGGUUGAUGAUCUCUAUCAGAAUUGCUAUGUUGAUAAAGGCAGCUUUCCAAACCUCUGGAAACUGCUGGAAACAUUUAUUCACCCUCUUGUAAAUUCUAUUGAAAACAUCUUGGUUGUAUCAUUUUAAUGGCUCCAAGAAAUCCCAAACCGCUUUACAACCAAUCUAGCAUUUUUCAAAAAAACUAGUCACAGAUGAGAAAUGAAGCUACCAAUUUGUGCACAGCUAGCUCCUAUAAACAGCGGAAUGGCUUGCUAUGUUUUAAUGGUCUUGGUUACGGUUGACUCCCCUGAUCGUUUCCAAUGCAAUGUUUUAGCAUCAUUAUAUCCACACGAGAGGGCAGACAGGGCCACAGCAGAACGCCGGCACCUCCAGUGUACAGAAUUGUUCGGUGUCCAAGUGGAGUGUUUUCCUGCAUUUUUCCCCACAAUGUAAUGAGGGAAGCAUCAGCAGUGCUCAAUGAGAGAUAUUUACCAGAGCAGAUGUUAGGUCUUUAAUUUCAAGUGGACAAUGAUCGGCUGAAAGUCAUAACAGUCUGAAGAAGGGUUUUGGCCCAAAACGUCACCCAUCCCUUUCCUCCAGAGAUACUGCCAGACCUGCUGAGUUACUCCACCAAUUUGUGUCUAUCUUCGAUGUAGACCAGCAUCUGCAGUUCUUUUUCCACACAUUUUGUCUGCUCCACUGCAAAAUCUCCCCGACAUACUAUGUUUGUAUAUUUUGUUGUGCUGCAACAAGUAAGAAUAUUUCUAUCUGGGACACAUGACAAUAAAACAUUCUCUUGACUC